GUCGUUACUCGUGUUUGGUAAGGCAAUUUUUGGGCUGCUGCAAUGAUACGAUGUUGCCGUACCCGACGGGCAACAUGGUUGCUGUCGGGGAUACCGGGGUUGCCGGUGGGCGCUGUUAGGUCCCGCCUUCCUUGCACCGGUCGACCAAAGGUGCAGUCCCCGACACAACGUUCUUUACAAGUUACAGCCUUUCCGCUCAAGGAGGUCGAUCUGGAGGAUAUAAGUACUGGGGAUCGCACUGCAAGUCUACGCGCUGUUGAGGAAGCCGACGACUUGGAGGACCGAAUUGUUGUACCAGAUCUUGCUCCUGGAGACUUCGUGGAAAUUCGCCGUGGUGACAAGACAUACGUCGGUUGUCUUGCAAAAACUCCAGAAUACGACACCUUUGGUGCAGAAUAUCGAACUAUCCUUUAUAACGGCCAUUUCCUUCUGCACAGGGCAGGCGAUGUUACGUUCCAGGCGCCAGAAUGGGCCUACAGCAGUGUGGUACAGAAACCCAUCUCUAAUAGCUUUGCAACUGCCGGCCUAUCUCCAGAAUCUGCCGCGCUACUUACUGCCGCCGGUAUACCCACUACUGCUAUUGCCCACAUUGAGAAUUUCCGGGAGGCAGCUGAGACAUAUGCUUAUACAAUGCGCCAGCGGUUUGCCUCGGCGUACAGAAUAUUUGGAGAGCAAAAGAAGGCACGUUCUGUCACAGUAGAUUCUGUUGCUAGAUGGGUGUUCUACGGGGACGGUGAUGGAGACCCGACACCCGCAGAACUGUACGCCACGUAUAAUUUUCUGCUCAGAAACGUGCGGUUGUAUAAGCCAGUCAAACCCCGGCACAUGCGAACAAAUCGCGAGUUCAUACUCCGAUCAGCCGCGGAGAGUGAGCGAAUUCGAUGGAUGUGGGACCAAGUACGAGCAGCCGGUGCAGCUGGCGAACAGAAGAAAACUAACGAGCUGCGGGAGUUUUUGAGAAAGGCUCGCCGUCUUGUCGAAUGGCAUCGUGACUCGAAACAUGACUUAGAGACUGCAAGCAAGAAACGACCGGCUGUGAAAUUCACAGAUACGGAUCAUAGUUUCAUUGCAGCUCUGAAGGAUGCUGCUCUUGAACCAGAUGUUUUCCCGAGUCCUUAUCGGCAGGUGGCAUUAGGUGGCAUCCUGAAGGCAUUAUAUCCUCUGUACGGCAACAAGCCAGGAUCACGCGAGGCGAUGCAAAUGCUCAAGGAGAUAGGCAUAUGGACUCCUUGGGAGAAUACAUCAUUGUACCAAACGAGCGAGAAGGGGAAGAUGGUGACGUUGGAGGGCCAUGGGCUGAGCACUUAUGCAGAAGACGUUGCUCAACAGGCUCAGCUCCUUGGCAAGCAGAUGCUUGUAAGAGAGUUCCAAUUUGAUGACGAGGGCAAGUUGAGAGUGGAGCAGUCUAACGGGAAAGCGUCGACAAAUGAAGGCCUAAAUCAAAAAGUCCUAGAUCUUGUCAAAUCUAUGAUUAUCGCCCCGACGGAUCCGACUGAGAUAUCUUUUUACGCGACUGAUCCCUGUGCACAGAUUCGUCGCGAUUUUGGUAACCUUCCGGUGUAUGUAAUUGACGACCCUACCGCACAUGAGUUGGACGAUGGGAUGUCAGUAGAAGAGACCCCCGACGGCUUGUGGGUACAUGUCCAUAUUGCCGACCCGACUGCGUAUAUACCGCCCAGCCAUCCUCUGUCACUCACUGCUCAGCUAAGGGGCAACAGCGUCUAUUUACCUGAAAGGCAUUAUCCUAUGAUGCCGGACUUCCUGAGUAAUGAAAGGUUCAACCUCGGUGUUUCACAGUGUGCGAUGACCUUCAGUGCUCGUGUUGGCGAAAAUGGGGAAAUUCUUGAUUGCGACGUGAAACCUAGUAUCGUGCGCAAUGUGAAGAUUAUUCAUUACGAUGAUGUGGACGAAGUGCUAGAUUGGAGCAAUGUCUAUGGAGUACAGCUCCAUGACCAUCAGCGAACACCGUGGGUACGACAAGUGCUCGCCAAACGAAAUGUCAAACCUGGCGUGUCGGGGGAUUCGGCAAAGGACGUGAGCCAGAAUGGUGUGGAGGAUUUGCGUAAGCUUCAGAAGACGAUGGAGAGAGCCUUCCGCUCUCGCCUACAAAACGGUGGCUUUUUGUCCGAUCAGCCAGAAUUUCGAAUAGGAUUGGAGCCGUAUCCUCAACCUUUCACGCCCCUCCUCCCAACAGAACCGUAUUACCCUCCGAACGAAACAUGGCCUACAAUAAACUUGAGCGUCAAUGGGGCAGGGCAUUUGAGUCCGAGUCAUCUCAUGGUUGCUGAAUGUAUGAUCCUGGCCGGUCGCAUAGCGGCAAAAUGGUGUACCGAGAAUGGGGUGCCCGCAAUGUAUCGGGGGCAACCAAACCUGCUGGAUCAUGUGCGCUCGAAAAACCUGCCUUUCCACACGGCAGAGAAAGUCCUUUCCAAUGUUUUAAAGGCACAGGAUCCGACGUCGGGUGUCAUUCCUUUCGGUGAAUUUCGAAAGUUACUACCGUACAUGCCGGGUGCGGUGAUGGACGUGACACCUGUAGCCCAUUACAGUAUGGGUAUCCCUGGAGUGGGAAGCUCAGCUGGAUAUGUCAAAGUCACCAGCCCGCUGAGAAGAUUUAAAGAUAUGGUUGUGCACUGGAACAUGAAGGCCCACAUGUUGAAGGAAAAGAUACCCUUCAACCUAGACGCAGUCGGUAGCAUAGCGGAUCGUAUGCUCGACAUUGAAAAACGAACAAAGGUUCUAACCGAUCGAACGGACAGGUUUUGGGCGUGCGAAUGGAUCAGAAGACGAGAGGUGCUCGCUCGCCGAGGGGAGCGUGACAAAGCGCCAGGCUGGAAAAUGCCGUAUGUUGACUUUAGGGAACAAAUUGAUGACAGGCAGUAUAAUGCGCUUUCGAAAUCAGAGGGUGAAGUGUACAAUGCCUUAGUGACAGGGAUUGACACCAGAAGCGGAGCAAUGUGGGUGAUCUUGACGGAUUUGGGUGGGGUUGCAGCGAAUGUUGCUAUCGGCAGAGGUGUGGGGUUGACUCCUGGGUCCGGGGGCCCAGAUCUUGUCGGCAAGGAGGUGAAGGUUAGGGUAGAAAGAGUAGAUCCCCAGAGAGGUAAUAUCACUGUACGGGUAGUGGAAGGUUAGAUCAUCGCAAAGUCUUGUGUAGGGUUCAUUUAUUUAUUUAGCGUAGUUUGCAUGCAUUUUUAUCAUUAUUUUCACGUUCUCAGCA